AUGUUCGCUGCACGCGCUGACCAAGAGAAUCUGGCGUAUGCUCAUCAAGCUGCCGCCGCUGCGAAACCAUUGAAUCAGCAGGCAAAGACUCCGGCCAACAAGGCUCCCAAGACGCCCUUCAGACGCAACCAAAAUGACGAAAACGACUCUUUCCAAUCUGGCUUCAAAACAACAAAGAAGACAAAUCAGAAGGCUAAACUGGAUCCCAAUGCCUUCAUCACACCGGCUGGCCCACGCAAUCGCGCCCCGCUGGGCAUGAAAACAACUAAUGCCAAGGCAAAGACUCCGGCUCCCUUGACUGUCAAGGCAUCCGCUCAGAAGACUCUCAGUCCUCGCCUGCGCAGACAGAAGGUCAAGAUUCAUCAAGCCGAACCCGUCCAGCAAGCACAAGAUGAUGGUGUGCCAGACAUUGAGUAUAUGCCUCCCAGAUCUAUCCCCCUGCCUGACCAUCCAGACACAAUUCACGAACGGGACUAUUCAAUUUUUGCUCCCGAGUAUGCUACCACCGGCUUUUGGGGCGCCUUCGAGAACGCCCCUGAUGAGCACGGCGUGCGUCCAAGUGAACGCAAGAACCGCGAAAUGAUGGCUCGUACAGAUAAGAUACAACAAGACAUCAUCCGCAGGGCCCUCGAAGCCGACGACUUCCUCAGCCUCGAUCUUACAAAGGUUCGUAAAGCCUUCGAGGAGAAGGAGCAGCAAUCAAGAGCUCCUUCCAGCCUGUCGGCCCGACGUGCUGUCAGUGCUCUGUCGAGGUCUUCAUCAACUACGGCACUUGGUCCUCGCUUCGCUGCUCCCACAGCAACCGCUGCUGCUCGCUCACGCACGAUCAACACCGUUCGCCCGGUGGCUUGCAAGCCUGUCUCAUCUUUGACUGCUCCUACCGCAUCGUCGGCUCGCCAUGCCAAUGCUACUGCCACUUCGCGUAGCACACUCGGAUAUGCUGGAGGACGUGCUGUCUCUGCUGCCUCGAGACGCCCACUUUCGACUCUCCACGACAAGCCUGCUACCCCUACAGAGAAAAGAACCAGGACUCUGUUGGAGAAUUUGAUGGCUGAUGAUGCUGAGGUCGAAGAGCUCAUUCGCGAACGCAAUGCCCGUAUGGAAGUUGACGACCCUCCUGUCGAGUCUAUGAACAAGCUCUCAAUGCUCUACGAUGAAGACGAUGAGUACAAAGACUUUCAGCUCACCAUGCCUGAGUGA